GCUAAUUUUGGACGCUCCAUCUGUCGCAGUUCGUCGCUGGACGCGGCAGGAGAUUGUUGGUUUUGUUUGUUUGGUCACUCGUUGGAGUCGCUAAAGUCGCUAAGGAUGAGGGUGCGAUUGGGAUCAGUGAUUUUGGUCGCUUUGGCGGUCCUUUGCUGCGGAGCAGUGAAACCAUCUUCAAAAGUGGAUUUCACAGAAGCGGACGAUUUGAAUGAUGGAUUCGUGAGUGUGUUCAAAAAUUAUCCCAAGAUUCAGGUUACGGUUGAUACGUCGAAAUUGAAACGGGUUCCGCUAACGGAAAGUGAGGACAGUUCUGGGAGUUCUGGUAGUUCCGGGUCCGAAUCGGUGGAGAAACCAACUGUUGGGGUGCGAACCGAUAUAACGAUCGAGAUUUCGGAAGAGUCCGCGAAUGACACUGCUAAUGCCGCGGCUGGGAAAGUUGACUUAGGGAAGAAAGACGGUUCAGAGGGGAAGAAAGGAAGCAAAAGUGAGGACGAUGAUAACGCUAGUGUACCAGUGUUCAAAGGGAUGGCUGGAAUUCCCACGAUAAGCAAACCUACGAAGCCAUCAUCAACGAAUGGCGUGAAUGGUCACAUACCCAUCAUUACGCUGAAUAAGAGACCACCAUCUUUCGUCCAUAAGACCGAGGAUCGGAGACCGUCAAGACCCUACGAUGGAUGGAAUCGGUUCCAUCCGGUGGCAGAAAUUUGGACCACCGAACGACCAUAUAUUCACCGGCUUGAAUACGAUUAUAGAGGAUAUCCCAUCUACAUGAAGGAGUACGACCCAUAUGGCUCCAGUCAUCAUCGAGAGUCUCACCAGGGCUUCAAACCGUGCUAUUGCAGCGUCUAUCAACCAUGGGACCGAGCUCCUUCCAACCCAGUGCUACCCACGCCCACACCGCGCAAGAAAGUCGACGACAAGGUUGACAUUCCGUACAAACAGCAUCGGGAUUAGGGUUAGCUUAUGGCUUGAUGCGAUGGAGAAGUACUACUAUACAGGGUUUUGAUAGUUUUCUAAGAUAAAAUAUUUUCUAUAAACAUUUAA